CCCGCGAACUCAGAACCGCACAGGACCGGCGCCGGACCGGACCGGGACACAAGAGAACAGAAGAAAACAGAGGAAAACAGAAACACCAUGACAGAAACCACCAAAACCCACGUCAUCCUGCUGUCCUGCGGCAGCUUCAACCCCAUCACCAAGGGACACAUCCAUAUGUUCGAAAAAGCCAGAGAAUAUCUGCACAAAACAGGACGCUUCAUUGUGAUCGGAGGGAUCAUCUCACCGGUGCACGACUCCUACGGAAAACCUGGUCUGGUGUCCAGCAGACAUCGUCUCACCAUGUGUCAGCUGGCUGUCCAGUCCUCAGACUGGAUCAGGGUGGACCCCUGGGAGUGUUACCAGGACACCUGGCAGACCACCUGCAGCGUGCUGGAGCAUCACCGCGACCUGAUGAAGAGAGUCACCGGCUGUAUUCUGUCCAACGUCAACACGCCGUCCACGACUCCUGUGAUUGGUCAGCCACAGAACCAGACUCCACCCAUCUACCAGAACCAAAACAACAUGAUUCACAAGCCCACCGCCAUCAAACUGUGGGGGAAGAUCAGCGAGAGUCUGGGGAAGAUCUGCUGCGUCCGCCCGCACAUCGACCGCUUCACCUUCGUUGAUGAAAACGCUAACCUGGGGACUGCGAUGCGAUACGAGGAGAUCGAGUUACGCAUCUUGCUCCUGUGUGGCAGUGAUCUCCUGGAGUCCUUCUGCAUCCCUGGCCUGUGGAAGGACAGUGAUAUGGAGGUGAUCGUGGGGGAUUUCGGGAUCGUGGUGGUUCCUCGUGACGGCGCCGACACAGAGAGGAUCAUGAAUCACUCGUCUAUUCUCCGCAAACACAAGGACAACAUCAUUGUGGUGAAAGAUGCCAUGAACCACCCGCUGUCCAUCGUCAGCUCCACCAAGAGCAGACUGGCCCUGCAGCACGGUGACGGUCAUGUUGUGGACUACCUGAGUCAGCCCGUCAUCGACUACAUCCUGCAGAGUCAGCUGUACAUCAACGCCUCGGGAUAGAGACAGCAACCAGAACCUCAUGAAAACAGGGA